AAACCAUCAAAUGCUCUUCCCUUCCCCUCUCUUUAAAUACCCCCACCACUCUCACCAUGCUUUUCUACUCACACUCGAGAUCAAAUACCAACAUAAUUACCCAAGUUGAGAAUAGGAGAGAGAAAGAACAAUGGAAGGAGGAUACCAGGAUAAUAGAUGGGAAGGGUAUGUGGAUUGGAGGGGCAAACCUGCUUUAAGGGGCCAACAUGGUGGCAUGGUGGCUGCCUCCUUUGUCUUGGUUGUGGAAGUGCUGGAGAACCUGGCCUACUUGGCAAAUAGUAGCAACCUGGUGCUGUAUCUGUCAAAGCACAUGCACUUAUCUCCAUCAAAAUCGGCAAACGAUGUCACCAAUUUCAUGGGGACAGCCUUCCUUCUGGCUCUGCUUGGGGGCUUCUUAUCCGACACUUUCUUCACUACUUAUCACAUCUACCUCAUAAGCGCACUCAUCCAAUUCCUGGGGUCGGUCAUUCUUGCAAUGCAAGCUCGGACUGCUUCCCUAAAGCCACGAGAAUGUAGUCCAUCAACCACCCCCAUUCCAUGCCAUGAAGUUGGAGGUGGGAAAGCAUUAAUGCUGUUCACUGGCCUAUAUCUUGUGGCGCUUGGUGUUGGAGGGAUAAAGGGGUCCUUACCAACACAUGGCGCUGAGCAGUUUGAUGCCAACACCCCACAGGGAAGGAAGCAAAGAUCCACCUUCUUCAACUACUUUGUAUUCUGUCUCUCAUUCGGUGCACUCAUAGCCGUCACAUUUGUCGUGUGGGUUGAAGAUAAUAUGGGAUGGAAGUGGGGUUUUUCCAUUUCUACAAUUGCAGUAUUUUUGUCAAUCGCAAUCUUCCUUGCUGGUUCGGCUGUUUACAGGAACAAAAUACCCUUUGGCAGCCCUCUUACAACCAUUGGCAAGGUUCUGGUUGCUGCUAUGCUGAACAGUUGCAUGAGCAAAAAUCCAAAAAAUGCCAUUGCGAACCUGACAACGAGCCCUUCUUAUCGAACUGAAACCAGCAAGGAAGGAGACCACCAAAUCCCAACUGAAAGCCUCAAAGUCCUAAACAGAGCAGCGGUGAACAAGCCAGCUUACCCAGCACUUGAAUGUUCAGUGCAGCAAGUAGAGGAAGUCAAGAUCGUGCUUAAAAUCUUUCCCAUAUUUGCUUGCACCAUUGUUCUCAAUUGCUGCCUAGCUCAGCUCUCCACUUUUUCAGUUGAGCAGGCAGCAACCAUGAACACUAAGCUUGGUUCAUUGAAAAUUCCUCCAGCUUCCCUACCAGUCUUUCCCGUGGUCUUCAUCAUGAUCUUAGCCCCGCUUUACGAUCACUUCAUUAUCCCAUUUGCUCGGAGAGUAACUAAAACUGAGAUGGGCAUCACUCAUUUGCAACGAAUUGGGAUUGGUUUAUUUCUUUCCAUGGUAGCCAUGGCAGUGGCAGCUCUUGUCGAAAUUAAACGAAAACGAGUAGCAACUUACUCUGGCCUACUUGACUCAACCAAUCCAUUACCCAUUACAUUUUUGUGGAUUGCGUUACAGUACUUGUUCCUGGGGUCAGCAGAUCUUUUCACCUUGGCAGGGUUACUAGAAUUUUUCUUCACCGAGGCGCCCUCAAGCAUGAGAUCCUUGGCUACAUCUCUUUCUUGGACUUCCUUGGCAAUGGGGUAUUAUUUAAGCUCGGUAAUUGUAUCAAUAGUGAACAAUGUGAGUGAGAACUCAGGGCACAAGCCGUGGCUGUCAGGGCAUACAAUAAAUGGAUAUCAUCUGGAGAGAUUCUACUGGCUUAUGUGUGUGCUUAGCGCUUUGAAUUUCAUGCAUUACCUUCUCUGGGCCAUGCGCUAUAAAUACAGAUCAGCAGGCAGUAGCAAGUAAAACAAGCAUGGCCAACUUCUGAUUUCUUACUAUGAAGGUGCAAGUCCUUAGUCAAGUAAAUGGAUCGAUCAAGUUAAAAUGCCAGCUUGGGCCAUGCAGAGAUAGAACUCAGACUAAUGCAAACUUCAGCCCCAUACUAUCCAUUUUGAAAGGACAUAAAAAGCUAUGAGGAGACCCCUUUUUUUUUUUUUUAUCUCUUUUAUUAUUCUCUACUCUUUUUAUCUCUUUGACUGACAUAAAUAUUCUCUCUUUAUUUCUUUAGUUUUUCCUUUCUAGUUACUUGUAUAAACACCAUGAUAUUUUAUCAAUAAAGUCAAAAUUUUCAGUCUUCACAAAA